GCAAAUUUUAAACUUUGAAUGGGUUUAAAAUUUAAAAUUUAUCCGUGAUCAGGAAAGAUGUGUUUACACUUUGCUAUCUUUUUUUCAGGUAAUUCGUAUGCGAUACUUGUCGGCUAUGUCUAAUAAACUUCAUUAUAAAUUAGUGGAUAUUGGUGCUAAUUUGAGCCAUCCUAGUUUCUGGAAUGAUUUAAAUGAGGUUAUUGAACGAGCUAAACAAGCAGGCUUAUGCAAAAUAAUGGUUACGGGAACAUCGGUAGAAUUGAGCAAGAAAGCUCAAGAACUGGCACGACAAUUCCCGAACUUUCUCUUCUUUACAGCUGGUGUCCAUCCUCACGAUGCUAAAGAAUUUGAUGAUAGUACGAUGUAUGAGCUAAAAAAACUAUGCGGUGAACCUGGUUGUGUCGCAGUAGGUGAAUGUGGCCUCGAUUUUAAUCGGAAUUUUUCAUCACAAGACCAGCAAAGGUUGGUCUUCGAGGAACAGCUUCGAUUAGCAUGUGAUUUGAAGAAACCAUUAUUUAUUCACGAAAGGGAUGCACAUCAAGAUAUGGUUGCUGCUCUGACCAGGUAUAAAGAGCAUUUGCCUCCAGUGGUUAUACAUUGUUUCACGGGUAAAGCCGCAGAAGCUGAAACAUAUAUCAAAAUGGGCUGCUACAUUGGAUUAACUGGUUUUUUGUGGAAGGAUCGGAGCGAUGAUGGGAUAAAGUAUGCAUUGCGUAAUUGUAAAAUACCGCUAGAGAGGGUCGUUUUGGAAACCGAUGCACCUUUCAUGUAUUCCAAAAUUGAUGAUAAGAAAAUCCCAGCUGAAAUUCGUAGUCGUAUCACGGAUGAAGCAAGAAGUUUUCAUAAGUUUACAUCAUUCAACAGAAAUGAACCAUGUGCUUUAGCAGCUAUUUGUGAGCUCAUUGCUGCUUAUAUGAAUGAAGAUCCGAUGAAGGUAGCCGAUGUUACCACAGCAAAUGCUAAACAUAUUUAUGGUCUGGAAUAAAGAAUAUUUCCUAUUUUGU